AUGAUGGAUAACAUGUCAGCGAUUACUGUGUUCACUCUGUCAGGGUUAAAUGGCACAACAAACCACAGAGUCACUCUCUUUGCUCUCACUUUGCUGUGUUACUGUGUGAUUUGGCUGCUAAAUGUGACCAUUAUUGUGACAAUUAUUAUGGAUAAAAGCCUUCAUGAACCCAUGUACAUCCUCCUCUGUAAUCUGUUGAUCAAUGGACUUUAUGGCACAGCAGGCUUUUAUCCAAAAUUUCUCAUUGAUCUUGUGUCUGCCACUCAUGUCAUUUCUUACAGUGGAUGUCUUCUGCAGGGUUUUGUUCUACAUUCAUAUGCUUGUGCUGAUUUGUCUUAUCUAGCUUUAAUUGCCUAUGACAGAUAUGUGGCUAUAUGUCGACCUCUGGUGUACCACUCUGUGAUGACUAAACAAAGAAUGUAUGUGUUUGUGUUUUUUGCUUGGCUUAUACCCCUUUUUUUGGUGUCUGUGAGCACAAUAACAACUUCUACAUCGAGGUUAUGUGGCUCACACAUACCAAAGAUUUACUGUGUUAAUGUGUUAAUUAGUCAAGUAGCUUGUUCUGCAUCAAUAGCAAGUAUUGUUAUGCCAGCGUUUAACUAUACUUUUUAUUUUGGCCAUUUUAUUUUAAUUGUUUGGUCGUAUGUAUAUCUGAUCAGAACAUGUCUAACAUCCAAAGAGAACUGGAGCAAGUUUAUGCAGACAUGCCUGCCACAUCUGUUCUGUUUAAUUAUUUUUGUUGUGUGUUUGCUUUUUGAUUUAUUGUACAUGCGAUUUGGCUCUAAGCAGUUAUCACAGAGUGUCCAGAACUUUAUGGCAAUUGAAUUUCUCCUCAUUCCUCCAAUCCUCAAUCCUCUUAUAUAUGGUUUCAAAUUGACACAAAUAAGAAACAGAAUCAUACAAUGUAUGUGUGGUAAACUUCACAAGACUAGCGUGUAA